UGGAGCGCCGUUUGAUUGGUUCAUUGUGUGAGUCUGCGGGAACCUAUUGGUCAGAGCAGCUCGACUACUUCCUGUAAGCGGAGGGACGCGAGUGUGGCGGAUGUGCAGGAGCUCUCAGCUGGGGGAUGCUGUGUGCCGCGAGGUAGCGGUCUGUCCAUCGCAAGAAAGAGCCUGUGGCAGUCUAGAUGUAAGCAGAAAGCCAGAGGCAUUUUAUGAAACCGCUGAAUGAUCACUUUUCUCUAGGAUAAAUUGAACCAAGCAAGACACUGAAAAGUCAUUAUGACUACAGAAACCUUUGUGAAAGAUGUAAAGCCUGGACUGAAGAACCUGAGUGUUCUAUUUAUUGUCCUGGAAACAGGGAGAGUAACCAAGACUAAAGAUGGCCAUGAAGUGAGAACAUGUAAAGUGGCUGACAAAACUGGUAGUAUUAACAUCUCCGUGUGGGACGAAUUGGGGAACUUUAUCCAGCCAGGAGACAUAAUCCGGCUCAGUAAAGGAUAUGCUUCUUUAUUUAAGGGUUGCCUGACUCUCUACACGGGAAGGGGAGGUGACCUACAGAAGAUUGGAGAAUUCUGUAUGGUUUAUUCCGAAGUGCCCAAUUUUAGUGAACCCAACCCAGAAUAUAUCGCCCAGCAGUCCCAAAGCAAGCAGGGUCAGCAAGAGAGUGGCACUGGGACAAACAAUCACAAUUCGUCCAGUCCAGCUCCUCCAGCAUCUGAUCUAGAAAAUGGCAAUGGAUCUAACAGCUCUGGGCCUCCCGCCCACCAAUCCACGGCUCCUGCUCACUCGGCCAGCGGGCGGAUUACACGCAGCCAACCCAACCACUCGCUUCCUGGAGCCCCAAACUCUGUUAGUAACGGAAAAGAGUCACGUCGCACAGGAAAAAGAUAGCAGCCACAACCUUCUCAAAUAAGCGAAUUCACCUCCCCCUUCGCCUCAAAGCACAUAUGUCAAGCGUGAAGGGGGAAUGAGAUAAUGUUACCUACUUUCUCUCGUUACCGAAUAGUUCAAGCGUCUCUGAUUUGCACCAGUAUAAAAGACAUUGGGUGAAUGCAAGCCAAAUUCCGGAUGUGACAUGGAGUAUAUCAGCCAAUUCCCCAAUAUUUCCUGAAUGCCUUAUUGUAUUUAGACAGAUUUCAGGAGCUUCUCAUUGUUACAAUUUAAAAAGAUUUUCUAGCACUGUGCGUUUCCGAAGGAAGGUGGUUAUGAAGUUGGGCUUUAACUACAAUGCUUCAUAUUCACACUUGAGCUGUUUCUUAGGGCAAAAACAGAAUCAAUCAUGUAUUAUCCACAGCCAUAUGCGUGUAACCCCCUUCCAAAAUUAUAAUGUGGAAUUGCCUUUUAGAACUAUACACUAGGCUAUUGCCAAAUGUAGGGAUAAUAGCUAAAUAAAUACAGGUUGCUUAAAUAAUGGGACCUCUAGUGAUUUGCUAAGUUUACAGUGUCGGUUGUUUAGAUAUCAAUACAACCUACCCCCCCAAAAAAAAACAAAAGUCAAUACAAAAAAAUUGCCAGUAGGCUGACACUUCUGCAAUAGAACCAUUAAAGUACAAAGCCACCAUUAAAAGCCAGUGUUUUUGUAUUUGUCAAUGUGUGCUAGUAGGCAAACUCGGAAUCUUUCUUACAACACUGAAUGAGGCCUUACUAUUAGAGGAUGACCAUAGAUCUAUGGACAAUUCCUAAAGGAAGUGCUUAUUUUCACCAGGUUACCUGCAGCAUUUUAGGGAUCAGAGGUGCCGUGCAGUGAUAAGGACAAAUAAGGAUCCCUUUCCUGUGUUCUGUGAACAUAAAGGUGUUUUGUUUUUGAACGCUGCCAGGCUUUUUAUCAAGGGAUUGAGUUUUUAUCAUUCACAAUAUCACCUCUACACUACAUUUAGGUUUCCCAUCUCUGCCAAAAGAAAGUGCCAUCUGUACGGUUGACCUUGCUUCAACGAUUUAGAAAAUAGCACCCCUAAUUCACUAAUGAUUAGGUAUGAAAUUAGUCAAUAUUAUUUGAUAAAUACAGUAUAAAAUGAGAACAAGCAUAGUGGCACAAAGGGUAAUUCAAAGUGUUUUGUUGCCAUGCAAUUGGUCCUGAGUGGGGCUGUCCACCCACCAUGCUGGAGAAACGAUUACGUGACGAGAUGCUCACAAUCUUUUCUUCCAUUAUUCUUAAAAAAUAAAAAAGCAGAAAGGGUCUUGAAGAAACCUGCACAAGAGCCUUGUAGGAACUAUGAAGAGCCCAUUUCCUGUCUUUGUUUUUAUUCCUCGGCCUAAAGUUCUUUAUUUCUGGAUCUGGAGCACAAACCACCUAAUGUUAGACUCUCUAUUGAUAUCCAAUUUUUUUUGUUUUCAGUUAAAAUAAAAACCUGUUGUGAUUCCUCA